AUGGCGGAUGACUUGCUCAAGAAAGAUUUGUGCAAAUUAUUCAACAAAUUUAGCAAAGAAGAACUACUAAAGGGACUCAUUGAACAAAGAUUUUUGGAUGAAGAUGUGCUAGAUACAGAAGGAACAAAGAAAACUUUCGUCAAUCGCAUUCUAAAGAGGUGUUUUGACAAGAAUGUGACGGCUGAACAGGUCAGCCUUAUGGAUCUCAUGUAUCACCAGUCUCAUCCAAGCUGUAAGAAAUGGACUGUAUACAAGCUUGUAGGCUUUGACCCCAAGAAGGAGCUAAAUGCAUCAGACCCCUGGAAAUUUAAGUCACAAUUGAAAUCCUGUCUAGGACUUUACUUCAAAGUGGAAAUUUAUGUUCAUCUUUGGAAAAAUGGUUUAUGGACAAGAAUUCACAUCUGUAAUGGAUCAUCCGCCAGUUUACUCAGCAACAAUGUUUUCAUCAUCUACUAUCCUAACUCUGAAUAUGUCUUCAUGUCCACCAUCAAAGCAGCUCACAAACAGUACAUCUUCCAGACCCUGUCAACUCUACUACACUGUCAGACUCUGAAAGAAGUAAAGUUAUCAGGAAGGGACAUGCCCUCCCUCAAGGAACUUGUGCUAAAUAAAAGCAGCCAGGGAGCCUUUAGUAAGUACAGAUUGAAUCAGGUAGAUGGAAACCCUCUCAGUAGAAAGAGAAAGAGAGAAAAAGAUAGCAAAUUGGAUGUUUUACAAAGUCAGGAAAUCACCAGUGAGAACUGGAAAGAGGAGCAGAAACGGCAGCAAUUAACAGACAGUGCAUUUGGCACAAAUCUGCCCCCUAAGCUGGAAAAGGUAGAGUUUAAGAUGCAAACAAGGCUACGAAGCAGAAAACAAUUCCAUCAGCUGAUCAGGCCAAUCUCCUGCAAUGUCAGGUUUGAAGGAUCCAGUGUUAUAGAAGGGAUCAAGAAUCUUGGAUCACAGAGUUUUGUCGACAUACCACUGCCAUCUUAUUUGACUAAUUUGCACUCUCUAUCUAGGAACUCAUUUAUGCUAAAAGAAAAGGAAAAUGCAUAAAAAGGAAGUUUAGAGGACAUCAGCAAUUAAGGGCCUAAUGAUUGAAUUUAGUGCUUCGAUGUGGAUGCAUCUUUCUGAAGCACACACAGUUUUAAUCAUUUUUAUGAAGUUUUUCAACAACAAAAUUUUAAAACAGAUUGUUUUACUUUGGAAAUGUUUCUCCAGUUAUAAG